AGCAACGAGAAGCUGCCGAAAUAGCCGAUGUGCGAGAUUUAACUGAAAAAAUAUAUCAAAUAAGUCUCUAAAAAUUUCAUGGAAAAAG